AUGAAAUCCAUAAACGGUGGUUACUGGCAGGACGAGCUUCAAGGAACAUACGUAAAUGCCGAGGCCGACCUCGAUUUUGAAUACAGUAUGGCCUUGACAUACCCUCAGCCAGUCAUCAACUACCAAGUUGGUGAGAAGUGGCAGACCGGGACGCUGAACGGGCUCAUCGCGGCGUUUGACGGUUCAUAUUGCGACGCAUGGAACUCCUCUAUUGAUGGUGUAUACCCCUCUCCUUCGGAUGAUGGAUAUCAAAAGGCCCACGACUGCGGCACAGUCCGUCCAGCUAACGUUGUGUCCAUUUCCUAUGCCUGGAAUGAAGUCUCUUUUCCGAAGGCAUAUCUCCGAAGGCAGUGUCUCGAGUUUCUUAAGCUCGGUUUGCAGGGUGUCAGCGUCAUAUCGGCUUCGGCAGACUGCGGUCCGGCGGGAACAGGAUGUUCUUGUCUUGACCCUUCUACUGGCCAAGCAUUGGGCCCGCUGUCGACAUAUGGCAAUUUCAACCCCGUAGUGCCAGCUUCGUGCCCAUACGUUACCUCUGUCGGUGGUACGCAAAUUCGCGCAAAUGGCUCUGUCUACGAUUCCGAGGUCGUCUUUCGUCAUUCCAGUGCCACACAUAUCAGCUCUUCUGGGGGCGGGUUUAGCAAUCUCUUUGACGCACCAGAAUAUCAGAAGGACGCAAUUGAUCAUUACUUGCAACGCCCAGAUAUCAAUGAGCGCUUGCAGAACUUGACGGGGAAGUUCAAUCCACUGGGACGUGGGGUCCCCGAUGUAUCAUCCAACGCGGCUAAUUUCGUUGCCGCCAUCAACGGCCAAUUGAUGACUGUCUUUGGGACCUCCGCAUCAGCGCCAGUUUUUGCUUCUAUUCUCACGAAGAUCAACGAUGCGCGCCUACAUGUCGGGAAGAGACCCGUAGGCUUUGUCAAUCCGGUUCUCUAUUCUCAUGCAACAGUCAUGACAGAUAUUGUGGAGGGCUCGAACUAUGGCUGUGGUGUUGAAGGAUUCCACGCGGGACCAGGCUGGGACCCGGUCACCGGUUUGGGAACGCCUGACUACAAGAAACUCCUCACUUUGUACUUAGAUUUACCUUGA